AUGACGACAGUUUUAAAGAAAAAAACCGAGCUUCCAAAUGUUAUUUUUGUUAAGCUUCAUAAAGAAGAUUUAUGGAAAAAAACAGAACUUAAAGUAGAAGUCACGGAACCACCUAAACAAACUGUUUCACCUGAGACCAUACUUGGCGACGCGUCCACUGUAACCCAAGAAACAGAUUUAAUGAAUUUUGACGAUGAAGUCAUCAAUAACAAUAUUGCCACACCAAAUACAAAAAUUAAUGUUGAGCCUUCGCCAAGUAUAAUCGAUAUUCUUUUGUGUGAUCCCACUUUUGGUUCUAAUAAUUCAAAGAAUAAUGUGACACGAACCCUGAGAAUACAUGAACAUGGAAAAAAAGCACUUGUGGAGAAAUCAUCUGAAAAAGAAAGGGUUAAACAAUCUACCGUAAUUGAAGCCAAAUUCCAUGUGGGACAAGGUAAAUUCAUGGAUGAUAAUGGUGCACAAGUACGAACCGAUUAUCCUCGUGCUACCACCAAUACAACCAUAAAAAAAGAUGUUCGAGAUGAAAUCCUUCCUGUGAAAUCUACAAAACUAGUUAAUUAUACAACGAAACCGGAUUCAAAUGUUAAGCCGAGAAAAAGAAAAGUUUACACUUUUACGGAAUUGAUUUUAUAUAAAUAUUCUCCGCUUACAAAAGAAACCAGAUGUGACUUUAGUCCCGAAGCUACAGAAUGUAAUGUAUUGUUAGACAACAAACAUAACACGGAAAAUGAAUCAAAUCGUUUGCCAGGUCGUCGUCGAAACAGCGAUCACAAUGGCCGUGUAUAUGGUGAAAGUAAUCUUUACAUGGCACCGGCCUUCAGAAAGAUUUACGAGUUACCACCUGAUAUAUCAUUUAUUAACGAAUUGAUAGUCGCACAAAAUCGAUGGAUAGCUUUGGUGCUUGAGAAAGAACUACAAAAAGCAAGAUGUUCUCUCGGAAAGUGUAUGAAUACGACAUCUCAUAUUCAAGCAAAGGAUUCGAGUGAUGAAAAUCGUGUAACACAAGAUCUCCAUGAUCAUGAGACUACAAGACCACGAAAGGCUGUACGAUUCCUAGAAAUCAAUGAAAAUGAUUGA